CAAUUGUCAAAAUCAAAAACUAAACUUUUUGUUUGUGUAUUUUCUUACCUUGUUAUCUUCAUUUUAGUGAGUUUAUAAUUUACGCUAAUGUUAAAUUGUAAAACAAUAUCAUAAUUUAUUUAGUAAUACAUUACGAUCCUAGAUUACAUGUAUUUGAUAGCGAAAUAAGAACGAAACAAUGGCUGAUUUGGAAAGCGAAAAUAAGACAUUGGACGAUGCGAAAAAUGUACAAAUUCUAGCACAAGGCUUGACGGAGCUGUACGAACCUCCAUUAGCAACCAUACAUAGCCAUCUAAAAGAAUUAACAGAAAAACAAGAGGCUGUUAGCGAAAUACUGUCAGCUGAGAGACGUAAACUGAAUGACUUACAAAGUGAUGCUAUGUUGGAUGCUUUGUUGGCUGAUAUUGCUACAAUCAAAGAGAGAUUAACUACAAUUUCCAAUUCUAUGGUUGGUUUACACAAAAGAGUGCAAUCUUUACAGACCAGAGCAGCCAACAUAGAGAAGGUGGCGUUGAAUAAAGCAAAUAACAAAAAUUAAAUUAUAUUAAAUACUUAUAGAUGUACUUUAUAUUUGUUGUAAAAAAUAAUGUUUUUAAG